UUGUUUGCAGUGGCGUGGAAAGCCCCUAUUCUAUUCACAAAUGAGCAGUGGCAACGAGCGCUGGAAGUGAAAAGAACUGUAGAAAAUGAUGAAAAUAUCUUCCCGAAUAAACGCCUGCGGAUUUCAACUCCACCACCUACUGAUGAGGAAAUCGAAUUGAGAAGGGCGCAGAUUGGUACCUUGAAAGAUGUUCCUGUAGUGUGCUUCAGCGGUUUUACGCCUGAAGAAAAGGAUGCUUUACAAAGGGCAAAAAAUGUGCAGGAUUGCUCACAUUUGGUGGUACUGAAUCUGUGGCGAACAAUGAAACUUUUAGAAGCUGUAGCGUUGGGUAAGAAUGUUGUGGGGCCAAACUGGGUCACUGAUGGCUACCGAUGCCGCGUUAUCCCAGAUUCUCUGGAUUAUUUUGCUCGCGAUGAAGAAAACGAGAAAGUGUUUGGCUACAAUUUGAAAUACAGCGUCCUGAAAGCGCGCUAUCGGAAGCUUUUUCAGGAUGUAACGUUUUAUUUGUCUCCCAGCGUCGAGCCAUCCCAUACGCAGCUGUCCUUGUUGAUCGAACUUGCGGGUGGCACAGUUUUGAGAGAGCGGCCGCAACCCCCGUAUGUCAUACAGUGUAUUGAGACUGAAUCGCCGCUUCUUCUAGUUAGCAACGAUAGUGAUGUGCAUCUGCUUCAGUACCUCACAGAUUGCGGAAUGCGUUAG